AUGACAAACCGUUUGAAUGAUAAAGAGAAAGAAAUUUUUGAGGAAGCUUUAUUAUGUGCAAGAUAUGAUGAAUUUGGCAAUACUGCCCUUCACAUGGCAAGUGCAAAUGGACACAUUGAAAUUGUAAAGUUUAUAAUAGACACAAUAUGUUCUUCUUCCACCAAUGAUGAUUUUUCAAUUGGGACUUUAAUUAAUUCACAAAAUAAUUCUGGUAACACGCCAUUACAUUGGAGUGCAUUAAAUGGACAUUUAGAUGUGGUUGAGAUUUUAUUGAAUCAUGAUGAUGGUAAUAAUAUCAAGGUAAUUUCCACUAAAUUUCUUUGUUAA